AUCACAGUCGUCAUUCGCACCAGCCGAUUCGAAUUGACCUCUCCGCGUGCUCUCGCGCGUGCUACCGCUUCCUCGUUCCAUGGGUAAGAAGUGGCGAUGGGGCGUCAUUCUGGACGCUGGCUCGUCUGGGACUCGGCUACACAUCUACCGAUGGAAAGACCCUGAGAAAGCGCGCAAGAGCGCAUCCGAUAAGGACUUGCGCAGCUUGCCGGUAUUGAAGACAGAAAAGAAGUGGACGAAGAAGAAGCGACCCGGCGUCUCGACGUUCGGCGACAAGGUUGCGGAUGUAGGGCCAGAUUACCUGCAGGAGUUAGUCGACCAUGCGUUGCGCGUCAUACCCGCAGACCAGGUUGAAGAUACGCCGAUUUUCCUUAUGGCGACAGCGGGGAUGCGGCUGCUUCCACAAGUCCAGCAGGUUGCUUUAACGCGCGAGAUCUGUUCUUACCUGCGACAGAACACCCGAUUCUCACUGCCCGACUGCGAUUUGCACAUCCAGGUCAUCAAGGGAGAGACGGAAGGGUUAUACGGCUGGAUUGCUUCGAACUACCUUUUGGGUGGCUUCGACGAUCCCUCACAGCAUCAGCACGGCAAGGGGCAUCACACGUACGGAUUUCUGGAUAUGGGUGGGGCAUCAGCACAGAUCGCUUUUGCUCCCAAUGCGACAGAAGCUGAGAAACACGCGAACGAUCUAAAGCUACUGCGGCUGCGGAUACUCGAUGGUUCUCCGGUGGAGUACAGGGUCUUCACCGCGACGUGGCUGGGGUUUGGUGUCAACCAAGCUCGAGAGGCCUAUCUCAAGAACCUCGAGGAGCAAUAUGUGGAGACCGAAGCCGAGCUGCCGGACCCAUGCCUCCCAAAGGGCUUGCGGACAACUCUACGGGGGAACCCAGUUAGCGGCAGGAAGCCUGGAGUGCCAACUCUGAUCGGCACCGGACAGUUUGACGAGUGUCUGCAGCUGACUUACCCACUACUCGGCAAGGACAAACCAUGCAAAGACCAGCCCUGCUUGUUGAAUGGGCAGCAUGUUCCGGCCAUUGACUUCGAUGUCAACCAUUUCAUCGGCGUCUCGGAAUAUUGGCAUACGACACACGGCGUUUUUGAGGGUAAGGGUGACAAAGCAUAUGACUUCGCGACAUAUCAGCAGAGAGUCAAGGACUUCUGCGGGCGGGGCUGGGAACAAAUCCGAUCCACACUAGACGACAGUGAGGUGAAGAACGCCCAGGAGGCGUGUUUUAAAGCCUCCUGGUUGAUCAACGUGCUACACGAGGGGAUUGGCAUUCCCCGGAUCGGCCUUGAGAAGCUUCCGUCGGCGAACGUAUCCAAAGGCGCGCUAGAGCAUGCCAAAGAGAAAGGGUUCCUCGACCCGUUCCAGCCGGUGGACAAGGUCGAUGGUGUUGAAGUGAGCUGGACGCUGGGAAAGAUGGUCCUGUACGCGGCCGGACAGAUACCGCCCAAGAGCCGCGACGACCGGUAUCCCGUCGGCUUCGGCAGCAAUGUGGAAGGGACGCCGCACGACUUCCAGUUUGCCGGAUCAAGCUGGAGGCCCAUAAACGCGCACGGCAACCACACGAGCGACGACGACGACUGGGACCUCGAUACCGAAGACAUUCUCGACAAGGCCAGGUCCAAGUCCACGACCGGCUUCUUCGCCUUCAUCCUUAUCCUUCUCCUGUUCCUCUACUUCUUCCGCAAACGCGAUAGGCGCAUGCGUGUCUACAGCCGAGUCAACGCCGUCUUCCGCCGGCGCCGACCAGGAAACAGCCCGCGCAAGGGCGGCCCGCGGGGGCUCUCGGGGCUAGCAACGAAAUGGUUUGGCGGUCGCUCCUCGGGCGGGCUGUACGAGCGCGUCAUGGAGGAGGGCGAUGCCGAUCGUUUCGAGUUGGGCGAUGUCGAGUCAGAUGAUAACGACUACUCGGACUCAACGAGCGAGGGGUCGAAGGCCUCGUCGAGACGGUUUGGGCUGUCCUCGGGCUUGGCCACGCCGCAGUUGGCUGACCACCACCAUCAUCAUCACAACCAGGGCCGGUUUGACCGGCUGUCGCCAACUGUGUCCGCGCUGGAUCGGAGCGGCCUGGUAGUGAGGACUGAGAGCCGCGAGCGGUUAACGCUGCCACCACAUAUCGGCUCGUCGGGCGUCGGGAGGAGGAGUAGGGCGGGGAGUCCGACGAGGUUGAAGAGUCCUUUGAUGUCGCCGUUGCAAGAGACGUAGGAUUGUCGCGAUGUAUGGUUGGCAUGUUUGGGGAAGGGCUUUCUUGUUGUACUGGUGAUUACUUCUCGGCAUCUUCCAGUUCUUGCAAGAGAGGCAUGGCGGUUCGGAAUAGGAGGAGUAUGGGUUCCGAGCGGCGCGAAGGAUUGUUUUUUCUACUCGAGUCGGCGUCAUCUGGGAUUUGUAGGUGCGGCGCCGUGCGCGGCUGUUGGAUGAGCUGUUCGACCUUUACUGUACCUCA